AUGUCUUUCCCGAUUUCUUCGUCGUUUUCUUUUUCCUUCACUAGAUUUUCCUCUUCCUCCUCAUCAUUGUCUUUUUCUUCUUCUUUUUACUCAUACUCUUCUCUAUAUUCUGUUUUCUUGUGUCUUCUUCUCUUAAUAUUUCUCACCCCUCUUCUUCUUGUUGUUCUUCUUCUCUUCUACUACUACUACUACUACUUUCAUUCUUCUUCUCCUUCUUCUUCUUCUCCUUCUUCUUCUUCUUCUUCUUCUCACUCUAUCUCUCUGUUUUGCGCCGUCCUUCCAUCUUCUCUCCGCCUUCUUUUUUUCCGCCAUUAUUGCUGUCUGCUUUGCUGUUUCUUUCGGCGCGCCAAAUUUGCAAGUGAAAAACAAUUACUGUUCAUUUCUUUCGACCCUUUCCUUCUUUCUUUCUUCCCUUUUAUUUCUUUCUUUCUUCAUUCCUUUCUUUCUUUUUUCUUUCUUUUUCUUUUCUUUCUGCCUUUCAUUCUUCCUUUCUUUCUUGCUUCUUUUCUUUCUUCCUUCGUGUCUUUCUUUCUUCCUACGUUUCUUUCUUUCUUCAUUCCUUUCUUUCAUUUUUCUUUUCUUCUUACUUUAUUUCCCCCUUCUUGCUUUCUUCUUUCCUUCCUUCCUUCCUUCCUUCCUUCCUUCCUUCCUUUCUUUCUGCCAUCCGGAAAUACUUUCAACAUCUCUCUCUCUCUCUCUCUCUCUCUCUCUCUCUCUGAUGACGUGGCCCUUCCCACUCUGCAGCGUCAUUCCCAGGGACGUAACGUUUUAUAUAUUUGA